AUCUUUGUUUUGACAAGCUUCAAGACCCUUCAAGAUGGCGUUGUUCGAAGCUUGUGCGAAACAGUUUGUAAAAGAUACAGGGCGAUCUACGCUUUUUCCUGUUCUUGAUUUAAACACUUCUGCGCGUUGUGAUAUUCUUUGUGUUGUGACGAAGAAGAGGAGUCGUUGGCUCUGGAAGUCAGACAAAUAUAAAACAACUCCUUUCUCCUUGAACGAGCUUUUGACAAAGCCCGUUGACAUUAGUGGCCAAAUUAAAAAAUCUGUUUUUAUUGCAAACUACAAGAAUGAGCCAAAGUUCCAUGUCAGCGGCAAGCUAGGAGCAAAGAUUGCCACAGAAUUUGGAAUAGAUGUAUCAGCUAUAGAUUCAUUUACUAUAAGCAUGGAUGUCGGAGAUGUGAUCAAAAAGCAAGUACAUUGGGGUAAUUUAAAUGACGCACUAGCAGACAUCACUUUGAAUUUGGACCAUGAAUAUGUCCAGUAUAUACUCUCCAAGCCGAGGAGAAGUCUAUGUGUGAUUUAUGAAACAGUCGCAACACAUGGAGAUUCAGAGCUUGAUUCAGAUUCCAGUGGACAAGGCGAUGCUUCCCUUAAUGCUGGUAAACCUACAUUCUCCAUCAACUUGUCUGGAUCUGUACAAGUGGCACACCAUCGCUCAUUUGAACUGCCCAAUAACACCAUACUUGGAUAUGCUUGCAAUGAAAUAACAUUUGACUCAGCCAUGGGAACAUUUCAGUUGGUCCUAGCUGAUGCCACAGAUGGAGGAGGAAUGAGCACUAGGGAGUGUUGCGUGUUUGACGAACCAGAUGGUCAGAAUGAUAAAGCCCUGAAAGCUGUCUUUGAUGACCUUCUCAACUCUCCACUCUGUUCCAAGAUUUUUGAUCUCUAUAGGAAGAUUCUUUCCUGCCCAGCAGCAGUUGCACCCCUGAGAGACCUGCUAGAGAAAGGACUGUCCUCUGCUGAAAAGAAAAAUCCCAAGCCAUUUGAACUCAAAGAACUCAAGACCAAAGCAGGAGCUGCAUAUGAAAACUGCAAGGAACUGUUUCUUUUGUUAGGAUUCAACAUGGAUGAGUCUGGAGAUGGCAACAUAACUUUUCCUCAGGGCAGUGCAGAUGGUUUGUUACACUGUUGUACUGCUCUCACUGAAGCUCUAGUUGAGUUAUCAGCUCCUCAAUGCCUUGCAUUAAAAGAAGUGACUUCAGAAUACCUGGAACCACUACUGUAUCUGCUCAAGAAUGUUAUGUACAGUAAGGACACAUCAGUUGACGACCCACUGCUUCAGAGAGUGUGGACGCAUUCUGCAAACCCUGCCAAGAAUUUGCUUCUGUCAUUAGGUUUUGACCAGGUGAUAACAGAAGGGAACAAUAAACUGUUACAGUUAACGUGGGACUCAGAACACAUCUCUCUUGAGGAUACUUAUGUUGCGGUAUUUGUUUUGUGUAGUGAAUAAUUUGUUAACUUUAUUAAAUUUUAUUUGUACUCCUGUAUAUGAAUUGAUGUAAAAUCCCAUAAAUGCACCACAAGAACAAGUUCUAUGCAGCCAAUCAGAAACAAGAUCACUCCACCCGCCCUCUAUGAGUUAGUUUAAAUUUUGUUUCAACCGCGUGCUGCUAUUAGGGCAUAGUCUAAUGAUUGCUUCAAGGGUGAAACUCGAGUACAUGUAACUAGUUUCUACAUGACUGUACUGUAUCUUCAAUUUAUCUUGCUCUGCAUGACUAUCGAGCACUCCUACAAUUGUGUGAAAACACUUCUAUUUUGCUUUGUUUAUAUCAUGUUAGAGAGUUUUUUAAAUUAAUAUUUUUUAUUAAGGAAAUAUGUUAUUGCUUAACACAUUCUAUUUCUGGGUUUAAGAUUAUAAUCAUGAAUUUUGGGGGGGGGCAGGGUGGGGGGGAAAGGAACAUUUUUAUCUUGCUUUCGGUUUGUAAUUUGUUUGACACAAGACAUUCAAUUAGUGGUUUCAUUAAUAGCUUAGCCAAAAUAUGGAAACAUGUGUAGCUUGGCAUAUUUAUAUACCAAAGGAGACAACAGAGGACAUAAAUUAAGGUGCUAUAUACAUACAUUUUCACUUUACGUGACAUUAGAGAAAUAUUAUGAAUGAAUUACCACUUUGUGUUGA